CCUCCGGCUUAACUGGUCACGCAAUUUUUUGGCCAGCAAGCGUUAGAAAGGUCGAUGCCUCAUCCGGCCAACUCCCGACUUCGCUUCUGUCACCUCCAAGCCCAGCUCUCAUCAGAAGUGCCUUGACAUAUUUUAAUACUGUUUCAGCCAUCCACUUGCUCUGACUGACUCGCGCCCGCACCAGCUGCCAGCACUUGCUGCACUAGUAACUGUCGCUCACGUCCGCCAGCCUUUAAGCCAGCGGAGGUGCAUCAUGGGCUUGUGGAAGCGCGUCUCCGAGAGGACCAAGCAAACGCUUGGCCUCAAGGGCAAUGAAGCCAACUGGAAGCCCACCAGCAACGCACGCAACACGGCCAUGAUUGAGGAGGCGCGCAAGUUCAGCAAGCACCUCAAGGCGCUGCACAAGGAGCUCAAGGAACUGGGCGUGCGCAUUGACACCGGCCUGGGCACGGUGCGCACGGUGCUGAACGCGCCGCUGCCUCGCGUGAUGGAGCUGAGCGACAAGGGGCCGAUGCCGGCGGAGAAGGAGGCGGGCAUCGUGGGCUCCGGCGUGGCCUUUGACGUGCUCACGGCCGCCGGCAGCGACCUGCGCGCCAAGCUGCAGGCGGAGGUGCUGCACCCGCUGGACCAGUGGCAGGCCGCGUACCGCAUGAUCAAGCACCGCAACGCCAAGUGCGAGGAGCUGCGGCUGGAGCUGGACGCCAAGCGGCGCGAGGCGGCGUCCAUGAACGUGACGCUGGAGAAGCAGAAGACCCGGGCGCACGCGGCGGACGCCAAGGUGCCGACGGGCAGCGACGGCGGCGCGGGGUCGCCCAACAAGUUCGAGGACGCGGAGUUCAAGCUGCAGAAGGAGGAGGACAAGGUCACGCGCCUGACUCAGCGCUUCAAGGACGUGGAGGCAGAGGUGUACAACGCCCUGCUCACACUCAUCAACGACACCAAGGUGCUGAAGCAGUACGCCGCCACGGCGCUGGUGGUGUACCAGAACGGCUUCGCGCACGCCUACACCGCCUUCACCGAGGCGCUGCAGUCGCUGCAGCUCACCACCAGCCAGGCGCACAUGCAGCUGUCGGCGGGCGGCGGCCCGGCGCCCGAGUCCACGCCCUCCAAGCGCAUCACCGGCGGCGGCAGCGACGUUGGGUCGCCAGCUUCUGGCGGCGCCUCGCCGCCCACGGCCGGCCUGCCUGUGUCCACGCCGCCCGCGCCGCCCGCCUGGUACAACGAGGCGCGGCAGGCGGCCACCAGCAUGAAGUACGACAGCGACGACGAGUCGUAAUGACAUGGAUUGGGGAAAAUCGGUUUGGUGCAUGGGAAAUAUGGCAGCGGCAGCCAAUCGCAAGGACAGCGGGUGUCUGCGACAGGUAAUAGAGGAGGCGGGAGAUGGCAAGGGACGCGGUGCGUGGGUGCUGUGGAAGGCACGCAAUGGCCGUGUGGGGAGGGGUGCAGUGAUUGGUGCCUGGUCAUGAACGCAACGGGGUGUGACUCACGCGGCGGGUGGGGCUACUGAUUGCGGUUACUGUCGAGGGCAAGUAUGGCUGGACGGGCGCCGCCUGCUUCUGGAGGGGGUAUGCAGUGCUCGGGGGCGUGCAUGGGCGCAUGGCUGGACGUCGAUUCGGUGUGGACGUGCGUAUGCGGCUGGCGUUUGGGUGGGCCGCGGCUUCUGCGGAGGAGCAAAGCCACGAAUAUGCCCCAGGGGGUAUCGCUGCGCGCAGAGCUUGAGAAGGGGCGCGCCGUGAAGGGCGGGGCGCGGCGCAGCAUUGCCGUGGUGAGGCAGGGAGCGGUGUGUGCGGCAGCACGAGGCUCCUGCGCUGUGCUGUGUGCGCGCUGUGACCCGGCUGGUGUGUACUGGGUGUCUGGAAUCGGCGGAGGCGCACGGCCACAUGGAGUGCUUGUUUCGCACCCAGCUCAGGCGCAGGUGUUUUUCCCAUGUCAUUCUUUCUUUCAGUUCCUUCUUGUUGAUCCGUGAGCAUAGACGCCUGACGGCUGGUGGUGAGCACCUGGGAUGUUGGCGUACCCGCUUCGUGAUAGAAUUCAGGCAUGCAUUUGCGGCUGCGGUGUCGUGAUCUAUUGAGCGGCCUCGACUCGUGUACGUGCUGCUGACUGCGACAAUGCGCACGAUUAGCUCUUUUGUGCCAUCACUGAAGGGAUGGACCCGUGGCAGCUCGAUAGAGGUGUCUGAGAUCGGAUGUGCCAGGAUUGGGGGACUGGAAUGUCUGGUCAGGCUUGGUACCAAUAAAUCUUGAGCUAUGUGCGUGCAGAUUGAGUAGGGUUACAGCAAAUGUCAUAGAGUUCAGCGUGUGAUGCUAGACUGGGGCGCACGCCGGUCGGUCAUAAAUUACGCCGCCCUUGGAUUGGGUGGUGAUGCAGAGGUGGAAUGGGGACAGGUGUAAUCAAGCCAGGCCUCCUUGCAAGCACUCCAUGCCGGCCUACUGCCCAACCAAGCAGCUGCCAACCCCAAGAAAUCUACAUCCUGCCGUGUGCGGUGUCUGUAAAAUUACACGAAA